AUGGAGUCUCUGCCUCUUCAUCACCGCACAGUACACAAAUGGUCCGCCAUAAUCAACAGAUCAAACACACUUCUUCAGUGCACUGCACUAAUCGCCAUCAUCUACUACAGGGUUUCUUCAUUUCUCUAUCGUACAGACAGUACUCUCUCACUACCCACUCUCCCAUGGCUUCUGGUCUUUGCUUCCGAACUCUUUCUCUUCUUCCUCUCUCUCCUCCAAUCAGCUUUUGGGUGGAGACCCGUCUCACGGACUGUCUACCCGGAGAGAUUACCGGCCGAUGAAGAACUUCCGGCGGUCGAUGUUUUUAUAUGCACUGCAGACCCAAAGAAGGAGCCUCCUGUGGGGGUGAUGAACACAGUUUUAUCGGCCAUGGCUCUGGAUUAUCCGACGGAAAAGUUGUCGGUUUAUCUUUCCGACGAUGGUGGUUCUUCUGUGGUGUUGAAAGCUACUCGUGAGGCUUGGGGUUUCGCAAAGUUUUGGGUACCUUUUUGCAGAAAGUAUAAGAUCAAGAGUAGGUGUCCAGAGGCUUACUUUGCUGGGUUAGGUGGUGAUGAUGGUGAUAACAGUGACUUUGGAGAAGAAAGAAGGACUAUUGAGAGGAAGUAUGAGCAAUUUAAGGAGCGCCUAAGCAGAGCUGCAGAAAAUGGUGAGAUUGAAGAUACAAGUAUCAAGAGUGGUCACCCUCCAGUUGUUCAGGGUGUUAACAUGGGCUGCACAAAGUUGGAGAGAAUAACCCAUAAUAGCACUUGUUUUAGAGGCCCUUCCUUUCCAAAGCAACAUAAUACUUCAGAUUUACUGAACUCUUUACCUGGAAGACUGAGAAGCAUCUGCUCCACUCCACAGAUAAUGCGUGAUGACAUCACUGAUGUACUGGAUUCGCAGCAAGUGGAGAUGCCUCUACUUGUGUAUGUCUCUCGGGAGAAAAUACCAUCUCAUCCACAUCAUUUCAAAGCUGGAGCCCUUAAUGUCCUUCUUCGGGUCUCUGGCAUCAUAAGCAACGCCCCUUACAUACUAGUGUUAGACUGUGACAUGUACUCCAAUGACCCAACAUCUGCUCGCCAAGCAAUGUGCUUCCACCUUGAUCAAAGCAGUUCUCAAUCGCUAGCUUUUGUUCAGUACCCACAAAAGUUCCACAAUAUCAGUACAAAUGACAUCUAUGAUGCCAGUUUGAGAUCGAUAUUCAUGAUAAAGUGGCCUGGUAUGGAUGGGCUUAAAGGGCCAAUGAUGUCUGGAACAGGCUUUUAUAUUAAGAGAGAGGCACUAUAUGGGACUGACAUGCAGAAAGACAAAGAUCCCUUUCAACUCAAACAAUCUUUUGGUCCUUCAAAUGAGUUCAUCAAAUGGCUUAAUACGGGCUGCAAGAAUAAUGGAAUUGACAGAGAGGACUUACUGGACACAAGGCUCCGAGAGGCAAAGUUUUUAGCUUCUUGCACCUAUGAGAAGGAUUCGCAAUGGGGUCAACAGAUCGGAUUCUUGUAUGGAUCUGUGGUGGAGGAUUAUUUUACGGGGUUCAUCUUGCACUGCAGAGGUUGGACUUCGAUCUAUUGUGAUCCUCAGAGGCCAGCAUUCUUGGGCAGUGCUACGACAAACUUGAAUGAUAUGUUAGUUCAGGGCACAAGAUGGAACUCCGGUUUGCUUGACGUUUGUCUCUCAAGGUUUUGCCCCAUUGUUUACGGGUUAUCAAGAAUGUCCAUUCUUGAAACCAUGUGUUAUGCAUACUUGUCUUUUCAGCCUUUCUAUUGUCUCCCUGUAUGGUGUUUAGGUACCAUCCCUCAGCUGUGUCUCUUGAAUGGUAUCCCGAUAUACCCUAAGGUCUCAAGUCCUUGGUUUGUGAUGUUUUCACUUGUUUUCAUAUCACUGCUUGUCAAAUAUUUAUGGGAUGUUCUCUACUCUGGAGGAACAAUCCAGACAUGGUGGAGAGAAUGGCGUGUAUGGAUGAUAAAAUCAGUCACAGCAUAUUCCUAUGGAAGCUUGUAUACUGUCUUAAAGCUUCUUGGUCUGAAAGAAGCCAGUUUCCAGCCAACAAAUAAAGUUGCUGACGAGGAACAAUUUAGACGUUAUCAAAUGGGUGUAUUCGAUUUCCAAACGUCAACUAUGCUGCUUGCACCACUGGUUUCCUUACUUAUUAUAAACAUGGCUUCCUUUACCUGGGGAAUUGCUCGAGUGAUUGUUUCAAGUGGAUGGAGAGAAAUGUUUGGACAGAUCUUUCUCUCGUGUUUCAUCUUGAUUGUGAAUUACCCGUUCAUUGAAGGGAUGAUAUUGAGGAAGGACAGUGGAUGCAUUCCACCUAAUGUCAUUCUAUUAUCAGCUGUGUUUUCUUUGAUCUUCUUGUGUUUGGGUUCUAUUGUUCUCAUGUACACGAUGAUCUGAAUCUGAAGUUCAUAUGGAUGGAGGCUUUCACAUCCUCAAGUCAUUUUAAAUUCUUGUUUUAGCUACAAACUGUGUGAAAAACAAGUAAUGAUUGUCUGAGUUUUGAUAGUGUUGUCCAUUAUCAGAUUGUUGAGUUUUGACAGUGUUGUCCUUGAUCAGAUUGUUUUAUAAAU